GUGUUUUCCACACGGAAGACUUUUAAUGUAGCAUUCAAACGUUGGUAUAGUCGCGUUUGUAAACUUCAUCCACAUGUACACUCUGCUGGGGGAAACUUGUAUUUAAUUUAAAGCAAAACAGGUUUGAAUGACUCGACUCCAUGGAUUUAUGGUCGUCGUCAAAUCUCCUGUAUCACCUUUUUGUUUAAAACAGCUCGGUAUUUGACAUAUCUGUUACAAUUUAGCUCGUACUCGUGCUGUGGACGGUUAGUUGGUGCUUUUCGCAUAUUUGUGUAUUGGCAGGAGCAGUCAAUUCAAGUUACACAUUCGGCUAAACGGACGUGUUAACUAUCAGAAAAAAACAAAACAGAAUUGUUGUUAAAAUGGUGUUUUUCACUUGCAAUGGCUGUGGCGAAUCCCUGAAAAAAGCUCAGGUUGAGAAACACGUGAAUAUGUGCCGGGGGUGCCAGGUCCUGUCCUGCAUCGAUUGUGGAAAAGACUUCUGGUAAUUUGCAUUUCUUUUUUUAAAUUCUGAUGGCUGAUUUUAAAUACUUAAUGUAAGUUUCGUUGCCCAUGAGUAAAAAGGUGCUCCUGAAUAUUUUCCACAGGGGGGACGACUACAAGAACCAUAUCAAAUGUAUCAGCGAGGACCAGAAGUACGGAGGUAAAGGUUUCGAGGCAAAGGCAAACAAAGGAGAUGUAAAACAGCAGCAAUGGCUCCAGGUAAAGAACAGUGAUGGGCACGGCAGUUCUUUUAGAUGUACCGAAUCACUAGAAUCAGUUAACUAAAAAGAUUCGUUCACCGAAUCAUGUAGCGCUCGGCGGGAGAAGCCUGCAACUCUGAACUCCUGAACUGAUACACAGCUGAACGGUUCAGGAUUCAGGUCAUUUCAUACCUUCUGGGACCGGGAGAUGAGAAUGUUUGGCUGUGUUGCUUUGGCAAACAAGUUUGUACAAAUGAACUUGUUUAUAGGUCAUGAUGUUUUAAGUGUACUGCCCUAUGGUAUGCUAUUUAUCAGGUCUGCUCUGUAAAUUUGGCUCAGUGAGAGAUUCGUUCACUGAAUGUUUAGAAGAAUUCACACUAAACAUGCACCGUUCCCUCGCAAAGCGCUGAAAUGAUAGGAUGCUGUGGGUUUAAUGCACUACUUAUUAUAUGCUGUGUCCUAUUGUAUGGAAGAUGUGGUGGUGGCAAUUUAGCAGUAAAAAAAAGUUGUUUGUCCGACAAAAAUGAUUCCAGAGAUUUUAGUUCUAUGCGUGAUUUGUUCAUCAAGUGAUUCGGUGCAUGUGGCUGUGUCCGAAAUGAAUCCCUCAAUCCCUAACCCCUAACCCCCAUAUGGGGUUUUACUAUAUAGUUGACUAUGUAGUAGUUCGGACACUACAAAGCAAGACGCAAUGCAUGGCGUGAUGCCCACCACUGGUGAGUGACCAUCAGAUGGUCACUACAUUUUGCAAUGCUUUAUGGGAAAUUUUGAGUCACCUAUAUUGGGCACUGGAAUUGAUCACUCAGGUUUCGGACACCCCUCAAAAUGGCGCUAACCCCCAUAUAGUCGCCUAUAUAGGGGUUAGGGAUCCAUUUCGGACACAGCCUGUGUUUCCUUGUUCGCCGGCUGCUGGUCUGGCAGUGCUGUUUCUCACUUCAGCUCAACUGAUGAAUCUCUCAAAGAAGUGGUACGGUUCAGUACGUUCACUUAAAAGAUUUGGUUCUUUUGAAUGAAUUGUUCGCAAACAACACAACACUACUAAAGAAACUGCCCUUAUGUUGACUUCCUUCCUUCGUCUGUGAAGUUUAGCAUUCACUGUCUGCUCUUCUCUUGCAGAGAGUACAUGAAGCCAUGAACAAACCUGGGGUAGGUGCAAAGCUGAAAGAUGUGCUCAGACAAGUCAGCGCAUAUGACAACGUCCCAAGGAAGAAAGCAAAGUUUCAGGUGCUAAACAAGUGUGCUAAUUCAUUCAUUCUGCUCAAGGGUGGCUGUUUCAUCCCAGUGAAAUUUAGUUCUGGACCUGCAUGCUUCAACUUACCACUUUUCAUGCGUGUCUUUUUUUCGUCAGAACUGGAUGAGGAACAGUCUCAAAAUAGCAAAUACCAGCCUGCACGAGGAAGUGUGGGACAUCCUCGCAGAGGCUGACAAAGUAAGUAACUCUGCUUUAAGAUUCUUUUACUAUUGUUUGUGUUUGUAUGUCACAGACUGAUAACUUUGAGCCCAAGUGGACGAAAUCUAGUGUCAGUUAACUCAGUUUGAAAUUAAAAAUUGCAAUUAUUUACCACUUUCACAGGCAUGCAGUGGCUCUGAAGUACAUUAAAUAAUGCUGCAAAUAUGUGACUGGAUUGCUUAAUCAACACUAUUUGAAGGCUUUGUGAUAUAGCUGUAAUUUUGCCAUUUUUUGAAGUACAAAUAUUAUCACUCAUAUUUUGACCAGGAGAAUGGGACAUGACCUGGAUGCUGGUCAUAGUUACAGAGACAUAAUUUUUAUAUAAUUCAGCUGUACUUCCGUUACAAAACUGAUAAUCCUGCACACACCAUUUUUUUUUUCAAUAAAUAAAGAGAACUAAUUUUUCACAUUUUCAAUAUCCCAACUGAUUUCUUUCCCUUCCAUGAUCUGACAGCCUCCAGCAGCCCCACAAGAGACCAAAGAGGCCAAGCCAGCUGUGACUGAAGUUGAAGCAGAUCUAAAUGGAAAUGAAAUGCAGAAUGGCAAUCCAGACUUAAAAAAGAAACUUAAUAAACGGGAGCGUAAAGAGGCUCGUCAGCAGAAAAAUGGGAAAGCAGCAAAAGCUGCUGAAAAGCCAGCUGCACAGCCUGAACAAGAGCAGGCAGGAAAACUGAAAAAGAAGGACAGAAAGAGAAAGCGCACCAAUGAGGAGAACAAUGAAGAACAAAACGGGCAUGAUGCUCAGAGUACAACAUCAAGCAAGAAAUUAAAGACAGGUAGAUGAUUUUCUUUUGAUAUAUUUUCACUGUGUGUAUUUGUGAUUUUACAUGUAUACUGCAAAGGCUUAGUUUGACCGUAAGAAUAUGACACAGCCUGAAGUUUUCUUUGGGCCACUCAGAAAUGUAAAUUUGUAUUUAUUUAUAAGGUGGAACCAACCUUUGUCGUGCUCUGACACUCAUAUAGCUGUUUUUUUGACUUCUGAAAGACUCUUUAUGUUUGGUCAGAUUUGCACUUUAAAAAAAUCUUGAAUGUGACCUUUUAUUACUUUCACAAUUAUGUAUACUGGUGAUAAGCUUAAUUAUUCAUCCCUUUAUUUCUUUUUUAAGUCCACCAGGCAGAAGAGGAGGAUGACAUUGAAGCAUCGGAGGAAGCUGAUAAUCAAGAUGUUUCCAGAGGUAUGUUAGUUUACUCUAUAACUUUACUAGAGAGCUUUUCAGAAAAUGAAUUAAGAUUUAAGAGUAAAACCACCAGGGGUCAGUGUGGCCUCAAAUUAAUACCUUCUGUACACCAACACACUAACGGUGAAAAUGUCUGUUGUUGAUUUGCAGGAAAAUUUAACUGGAAAGGAAAUAUCAAAGCAGUGCUGAGAGACUCACCUGACCAGGAACUGGCAAUAAAGAAACUUAGGAAAAAGGUGAGUCGGGACUUGUUUCUUAUGUGGAGUAAUUGAAUGAGGUCUGUAAUGUGAUUGAAACACCUUGCAUGUUUUUCUUACUCUUCUCUGACAGUAUAUUUUAAUAGAAGUUGUCUUUAGAUGAGAUGUUAAUUGUGUGUUCCUCUGCUGCAGGUUGUAGCUGCUUACUACGGUUUUACCGGUGAACAGAAUUAUAAAACCGAAGAAGAGGUGCUGGCACUUUUCAACAAGAAGAUCAACAAAAAUCCCAAAUUUAGAGUUCUGAAAGACAGAGUGAAGCUUGUACAGUAGUUUUUUUCCCCAUCCAUCCAGCAUGAAAUGUGUCACUCUUAGACUUUUAAAAUUCCAAAGCCAUUGUUGUUCGCCUUCUUCCUCUUGACAUUCUUAUGCAAAUGAUUUAAUCUCAAAGAUUAAAUAAUUUUAUGACUUA